GAGAGAGAGAGAGAGAGAGAGAGAGAGAGAGGAAACGAAGAAGAAAGCGCAGGGGCUGGCUGCAUCUUUAUUCCAGCAGACCCCUCCUCUCCUCUCCUCCUCUCCUCUCCUGUCCUCUCUCCCCCACCUCCCCCCCUCUCUCUGCCUGCCAGUUUAUGCUGAGUGGAGGUGAGACGGUGUUUCUCUCUCCUGGACGGACGGACACACUGACGGCAGGUUUGGGAUUUUGACAGCGGCUGCUUCUUGGUGCUGACAGCGGGAGGAAACUGCGAAUCUAAAGACACCAAACCAAGAGCGACAGAGAGCGCGCAGAGACAGCGAGGCAGUGCGGAGUAACGCAGAGGGGGGAAACACAACAACUUCCUCGGGGCGGUCUGCGGGGAGCUGUGGAGCUGCUGCCACCACAAAGGUGGGUGUGAACUCCCCCUCGCUCUUGGUCAGAGAUGGAUUUCCCGGAGGACUUCCUGCUGGACGAGCUGGGUCACCUGCAGCUCUACAACGACUCGCUCUUCCAGAACAACUUCAGCUGCUUAGACAACGUAACCGACGCCUUACUGCCAACGGGGGUCAGGGUCACCAUCGUGGUCGUCUACAUGAUUGUCUGCGUCAUCGGCCUGGUGGGAAACUUCCUGGUCAUGUACGUCAUCAUAAGAUACACUAAGAUGAAAACAGCUACCAACAUCUACAUCUUUAACCUGGCUCUGGCUGACUCUCUGUUCCUGGCUACUUUACCUUUCCAGGGCACCGACGUGUUCCUGGGCUUCUGGCCGUUUGGGAAUGCUCUGUGCAAAGCGGUGGUGUCUAUCGACUACUACAACAUGUUCACCAGCACCUUCACCCUGACAGUGAUGAGCAUGGACAGAUAUGUUGCCGUCUGCCACCCUGUCAAAGCGCUGGACAUGAGGACUCCUCACAAGGCCAAGGUGGUGAACAUCUGUGUGUGGGUGUUGGCAUCGGCCUUUGGCGUCCCAGCUAUGGUCCUGGGAAAUGUUGAGGAGGAACAGGAGCAUAACAGCGUUGAAUGCAUUGUGGUUUUACCUGAACCAAGGAGUCACUGGGAUCCUGUCUUCGGCACCUGCGUCUUCCUCUUCUCCUUUCUCAUCCCCGUCGCUAUCAUCAGCAUCUGCUACAGCCUGAUGGUCAAGCGCCUGCGCAGCGUUCGCAUCCUGUCCGGCUCCAAGGAAAAGGACCGCAACCUGCGGCGCAUCACCAGGAUGGUCCUGGUGGUGGUGGCAGCAUUCGUCGUCUGUUGGACCCCCAUCCAGAUCAUGGUCCUGGCUCAGUCGCUGGGCUUCAUCCUGAGCAGCUUGUCCACGCUGGUCCUGAUGCACUUCUGCAUCGCGCUGGGCUACGUCAACAGCAGCUUGAAUCCCGUGCUCUACGCCUUCCUGGAUGAGAACUUCAAGCGCUGCUUCCGUGAGUUCUGCAACCCGUCGCCGUUCCGCCUUGACACCCAGCAGUCGGGCAGGAUGAGGAGCAUCGCUAGGGAGGUGGCUGCUGCUUACAGCUGCAAGGCUGAUGGCGGGGGGCCCGGAGGAGGGACGCCUAAUCCAGCAUGACUAGGCGUGGAGCUCCCCUUGGUGGGGGUGGACCCCCAGCAGAGGGGAGAGAACCAGGGGACAGGGAACUCCAACACAGAAUUGACUCAAAUAACAGCUCUCUAGCGGCACGAGCCCCCCCGCCCCCCAACUAGAAGACUGGCAUGGGGUGGGGGGGAGGGUGAUGAGGAGGAUGGGGUUGAAAGGAAAAGAAUUUAGGAAUAUGGAUGGGGAUGACAAAUGUAGGGUAUAUGGGCAGAGGUCAGUGGGAUUCAUUGUAAGCUUGGGUGGUAAUGAUGGUGAACAUCUGGGUAGGAGAUGGUUCCAGUAUUGGAGUGGCUCAAACCAUUGUGGAUCCUGGUGUUGGAAUGACUCUGGCCAUAACUCCAUUGAGGCGGUGAGCUAUUUUGGAAUGUAUCCGACUUGUAUUGGAAGCACGUAAACACAAAAGAGGUGACAGCAUUAUUUGACAUUUAUUGCAGCUCCAAAAACAACAGCCUCACCAACAGGAACUGCAUCUGCCAACUGAGGCCGGAACCCAGACGCUGCAUCUCUGGAAAGAUGCCUCUGUACUUGGGUAUGAGAAGGCAGGGGUUGGGGCUAGACAGUUGGAGAGAGCAUAUAAACAGCAUGGGAUUAAUAGAAGGAGUGCAGAUACCAAAAUAAAAAAAGAACACCAGGCUUUGGUGCCUGUAGAAAGAUUAUAAACAUUAGAAACAUGGACCAUGGCUAUCUGGCAGUCCACGGACUGAAGACUUGCCAAGGAUGAGUAAAGCUUUCUGGAAGUGUGAAACAGAGAAUAAACACUUUCACCACAGUUUAUUGUAACUUUAUCAGUUGAUGUUUCAGACUAAAUAACUAUAUGUCAUAAGUGGUGGACAAAACGCCCUGUGUGUCCAGUGAUCCAACUAUGGGGUCUUUGUUGUGAUGGUUUCUGUAAGAAUCUGUUUAUAUGAUGGUAAAAUGCUGCUGAGCCCUUAUAAGGACGCAAAUGGGCGUACAAAGUAUAAUGUGAUAUAUCAGCCUGUGGACAGAAAGUUGGAUGUAGUAUCUGCGAACAAUAGCUGGCAUGAGGAGAAGAACAACGUGCAACACGCAACUCUUGAACAAUAUUUCUUAAACUGUGUCUACGGGCCCAGAGCGGGUCACAUGAAUGUUAUUUCUUGUAGGAGCAACAUUUCUCAAUGUGUUCUGAAGCAAAAUAAGCCUGAGAAACCCGUCCUCAAACACGUUUCUUAGAGUUUUUGUGAUUUUUGAAUCUUUCUAUGAUCACCUAUGGGGUGUUGGAAAAUUAGAGUUUAGGGCGGGGGGUGGGGGGAGGAGCUUGUGAGAUUGUAACCUGUAAGAACAGCAAAAACUCAACAAGAUAAUCAGUGUUUGGGACAAGCCUAGCCUGGGUGUUAACCCCUUUUCUUCUUAAUGUGUUUUAGGACACAAAAUGAAUGACAGUGCCUGAAACGUCAAUUAGUGUCCAGAGACGAUAAAAUUAGCAGCUCGGACUUGAAAGAUUUGUAAAGGCUGUUUCAGAUUGUUGGUUUGUAUGAUGCAAUGAAAGACAUCUGGAAUGCAGAAAUGUGUAGGAUAGUUGAGCGGUUACUAGUGAUGACUUUAAAAUCAAUCCUUGUAUUCUGAAACAUGCAUAACAGGUGGUAUUUACAAAACAUCUGUGAUGGUACCGUUGGACCAGACGUCUCUUGUGGACGUUAAGAAUUAUAGAAUAUAUUGUAAGGAAAUACACAUUAACCCGAUGUCAAACACUACAUCACAGUUAGACCUUUAGGCCAACUUUUCCACAGUUAGUUGAAGAAAGAAAAAAGACAAAAAAAAAAUGUUUGCAAUCUUUAUUGAUGAUGAGUCAGGCUGCCUCAUUCAGAUCUGAUCCUGCUUACUGAUUUUAGUUUUUAUUAUUAAGCCCAUUUCAGAUCAAAGAUUUGUGACAAGACUGUUUUAGAACGUUGCAGCGGUGUGA